CUCUCACUCGCCAUUCUUUCAUGCACGGGGCAGCGGAGGCCUUAAAACCCCAAUCCCCCCGCACCCCUUUCCCCCUCGCGGGUUCUCCUUGCCGCCGCCGCUCGCCUGAGGAGAGGAGAGAGGGAGGGAGGGAGAGAUCUUGCUGCUGCCGCAGUGCCGCUUCAUCUAUCCUUGCCCGCGAAGCUGCCGCCGGCGCUCGCCUGAGGCGUGGGCUUGUGAGGCGGGGGAGGCCAUGGAGGCGGGGCAGGAUCCGGAGGCCGAGGACGAGAACCCGGGCUUGCAGGAGCUGUUCCGGCACUACGACGACCUCUACUUCCGCGGCGCGCUCGCCGGCGCCGGCUUCUCCGUCGAGCGGGCCGCCCCGCGCGCCAAGACGAUCAGUUCUUUCGGAUACUGUUCCCUUGGAGGCCUGAGCAAAAUAACACUCUACAAGCCAAUGCCGCGAUAUCGCACAAAUGCCGAUCUGAAGAACGCCCUGCUGCAUCUCAUGAUUCAUGGAAUCGUAUUCGUAAAGCGUGGUCUGACGAGCCUCGGUUUUCGUGUGCAUUCAUGCAGCCAUGGUCCUGCUUUCCGUGAUUGGAUGGAUGCUAUCAACACUAGCUCCGUCGAGGAUUACGCGAGACCAACAGGUGGCUACUGUAUCACCACCACCCAUGAUUUCAGUCAGGAAAAAUCCUGCAACAUGCAGGGUUUUUUGUGGAAGUGUGACGAGUGUGGCAAUACACUUGUGAGGGCCAAGGGCCUGGGACCUCCAUCUGAUUCCUGCUGUAUCGAGAAUGUUAGCGAACAUCCAACCUGUCGCAACAAGCUUUGCCACUGGCACAACCACAAGAAGGCUUGUCGUGGUAAAUACGUGGUGACCAAACCAGCAGUGACACCAGGACAAAAGAUGGCUCCAAAAGGUACAACCAAAAUGUCCAAGUCACAACAAGGAGCUGUACAGCAAUCAGAUUCAGAUGAAGUGCAAGAGAAUAGCUCCCUGAAGAAGGCACGCAAGAGAAAUAUACCUGAAGACUUUCAGAAAGCAAUUGUUGUGUCGGCCGCCCCUCGGAGAAAGCAGAAGCAAGAGCUUGUCGCAUGGGCGAUGCGCGAGCAUUUGCUUAGCAACAACGUAAAGUCACUGGGCAGUAGCACCUCAAAGAAGGGGGAUGACUCUCAGAAGGCAAUUGUUCUCUCUGCUGCCCCUCGGAGCAGACGGCUGAAACGGAAGCAAUCAUCGGUUACGUCGGAGGAGCACGGGCUUUUCUCUCCGGGGAGGAGUUGCAACAAUGCAAACUCGCCGAGAAGCAACACCUCCAGGAAGGACGUUCAGAGAUUCAGUGUGCAGCCUUCUGCAUCUCAGAAGAAACCGAAGCUAGGGCAAGGCCUGGCCGCGUUGGAGAAGCACAUUUCCCGGCCUGCUGCCACUCAAAGCACGGUCAAGCAGCCGGCCAAAUCCAGCUCCUCGAUGAAGACACGGAGGCAGCAUCGGCCUGAAGACUCUCCGAUGAUAACCGUUCAGCCUGCCGCCCCUCUGACCCGGAGCAAACGGAAGCAAUCGAACCGGGCUGCGCCGGCGAGGCAGGCGGCGAGAAGCGAAGCUAGGGGCUCUGCCAAGGAGAAAGAGUACGUUUGCUUCAGCCUGUGGCUGAACUUCUAUGAAUCAGAGUGCUCCAGUGGAUCGGCCGAGCCGCUCGUGAACAAGAGAACGGUGCAGAGGAGAAGGGACAGGGAACGCUUGGUUCAGAGAGCAGCACAUUCACGCUCCAUGGAGGCCCGGCCGGAUGAGGAGGUCUCGUCUGGACAAACCGAGCCACCGCCUCUACACUUGGAGGUCAUUGCUAUCGAUGACGAGGUGAUGGCUGAAGCUCCAUCAAUGGAUGUUCUUGCUCCUCCCGCUGAUCAGGUGCUGGCUGAAGACCCUGGAGCUGGAGGUCAGUCCCAGCCACCAGCUCCAUCCAUGAACGUUGUCAUCCCUCCCGCGGACCAUGGAGGCCGACCUGAUCCAUCUUCAAGCGUGGACAUUGCUGCUGCUGCUCCUGCUGACCAGGUGAUGGCUCAGGCCCAUGCAGAUCAGUCACAGCCACCAGCUCCGUGCUCCAUCGCCGCUGAUCAGGUGGUUCCAGUUCCACCUCGUUCGGCUGACCCGCCUGGUCUAACACCUCCAAAUCCAACAAGUUGGCCUGCCGUGAUAGACAUCUCUGACGAUGAUGAUGACUGAACUCCUUCUCCAUCACCCUGUACCCUGCUUAUCCUGGAUUAAAUUCCCGGUCAGUGCUUACUAUAGGUAGGUAGUACUAGUACUAGCAGUAACUUAUCACUGUCGUUUAAGCGUCGAACCAGUGUUUAAUCUUAGCAUCGUCAAGCCAGCAUGACUGAUUUGCUGUGGAGGCAUAGAGCUCUGAUCUAAAGGGCGAAAUUAACAUCCUGUGAGAUGGCGCGUGGUGCUACGACUCCCUUUCUGUGAUGUUUUCUGAGACACUGGCUUAGGGGCAUGGUGAACUGAAGCAUGUAGUUAGCUGCAUUGUAACGUUGAAACAUGCGUGUAUCAUGGGAAAGUCGAGACUUUCUUGUGCUCGCUA